AUGCCGCUCCCAGACAGGGCGCGCGGCCCGGGGGGCGUCCACGCAGGGGCGGGGGCGAGCGGCGGGGGCCACACCAACCGGACCUUCGUGUUCGAUGACGGCCGAUGCGCCCCCAGGCAGCCGGGCGCCGGGCACCGCGGCGGCCGGGACGGGGACGGCGACGGGGUGCUCCUGGACACCGCCAGCCUCAAGAUGAGCGACCUGGACUCGGAGGUGCUGCCGCUGCCGCCGCGGUACCGCUUCAGGGACCUGCUGCUGGGCGACCAGUCCUUCCAGAGCGAGGACAGGGUCCAGGUGGAGUUCUACGUCAACGAGAACACCUUCAAGGAGCGGCUCAAGCUCUUCUUCAUCAAAAACCAAAGAUCCAGCCUGAGGAUCCGGCUGUUCAACUUCUCCCUGAAGCUGCUCACGUGUCUGCUGUACAUGGUCCGCGUCCUGCUCGAUGACCCGGCCCUUGGCAUCGGAUGCUGGGGCUGCCAGAAGCAGAACUUCACCUUCAACGAGUCGUCCCCAGAGAUCAACUGGGCUCCCAUCCUGUGGGUGGAGAGGAAGAUGACUCUGUGGGUGAUUCAGGUCAUCGUGGCUGUGAUAAGCUUCCUGGAGACCAUGCUGCUCAUUUAUCUCAGCUACAAAGGCAACAUCUGGGAGCAGAUUUUCCAAGUGUCCUUCGUGCUGGAGAUGAUCAACACGCUGCCCUUCAUCAUCACGAUCUUCUGGGCGCCCCUGCGCAACCUGUUCAUCCCCGUGUUUCUGAAUUGCUGGCUGGCGAAGCACGCGCUGGAGAACAUGAUCAACGACUUCCACCGCGCCAUCCUGCGGACGCAGUCGGCCAUGUUCAACCAGGUCCUGAUCCUGUUCUGCACCCUGCUGUGCCUGGUCUUCACGGGGACGUGCGGCAUUCAGCACCUGGAGCGCGCAGGCGGGAACCUGUCUCUCCUGACGUCCUUCUACUUCUGCAUCGUCACCUUCUCCACCGUGGGCUACGGCGACGUGACCCCCAAGAUCUGGCCGUCCCAGCUGCUGGUGGUCAUCAUGAUCUGCGUGGCCCUGGUGGUCCUCCCCCUGCAGUUCGAGGAGCUCGUCUACCUGUGGAUGGAGCGGCAGAAGUCGGGGGGCAACUACAGCCGCCACCGGGCCCAGACAGAGAAGCACGUGAUCCUGUGCGUCAGCUCCCUCAAGAUCGACCUGCUCAUGGACUUCCUAAACGAGUUCUACGCCCACCCCCGGCUCCAGGACUACUACGUGGUCAUCCUGUGCCCCACCGAGAUGGACAUCCAGGUGCGGAGGGUCCUGCAGAUACCCCUGUGGUCCCAGCGUGUCAUCUACCUCCAGGGCUCCGCGCUGAAGGACCAGGACCUCAUGCGAGCCAAGAUGGACAACGGGGAGGCCUGCUUCAUCCUCAGCAGCCGAAACGAGGUGGACCGCACGGCGGCGGACCACCAAACUAUCCUACGAGCCUGGGCUGUGAAAGACUUCGCCCCCAACUGCCCCCUGUACGUGCAGAUCCUCAAGCCAGAGAACAAGUUUCAUGUCAAGUUCGCAGACCACGUGGUGUGUGAGGAGGAGUGCAAGUAUGCCCUGCUGGCCCUGAACUGCGUCUGCCCGGCCACCUCCACCCUCAUCACCCUGCUGGUGCACACGUCGCGCGGCCAGGAAGGCCAGGAGUCCCCGGAGCAGUGGCAGCGCACCUACGGGCGCUGCUCGGGCAACGAGGUGUACCACGUGCGCAUGGGCGACAGCAAGUUCUUCCGGGAGUACCAGGGCAAGAGCUUCACCUACGCCGCCUUCCACGCGCACAAGAAGUACGGCGUGUGCCUCAUCGGGCUGAAGCGCGAGGACAACAAGAGCAUCCUGCUGAACCCGGGGCCGCGGCACACGCUGGCCGCCUCCGACACCUGCUUCUACAUCAACAUUACCAAGGAGGAGAACUCGGCCUUCACCUUCAAGCAGGAGGAGUCGCGGCGGCGGGGCCUCGUGGGGCCAGGGCGCCGCCAGAGCUCCACCCGCCUGCCGGUGCACAGCAUCAUCGCCUCCGUGGGGACAGUGGCCAUGGACCUCCAGAACACAGAGUGCCAGCUGGCACAGGACGGCGGGGGCAGCAAGCUGGCGCCGCCCACGGAGAAUGGCUCGGGCAGCCGGCGGCCUAGCAUCGCGCCCGUCCUGGAGCUGGCCGACAGCUCAGCCCUGUUGCCCUGUGACCUGCUGAGUGACCAGUCGGAGGACGAGAUGACGCCCUCGGACGACGAGGGGCUGUCGGUGAUGGAGUACGUGAAGGGCUACCCCCCCAACUCUCCCUACAUUGGCAGCUCCCCCACUCUGUGCCACCUUCUGCCCGUGAAGGCCCCCUUCUGCUGCCUGCGGCUGGACAAGGGCUGCAAGCACAACAGCUACGAGGACGCCAAGGCCUACGGCUUCAAGAACAAGCUGAUCAUCGUCUCCGCGGAGACGGCAGGGAACGGGCUCUACAACUUCAUCGUGCCGCUGCGGGCCUACUACAGGUCCCGCAAGGAGCUGAACCCCAUCGUGCUGCUGCUGGACAACAAGCCUGACCACCACUUCCUGGAGGCCAUCUGCUACUUCCCCAUGGUCUACUACAUGGAGGGCUCCGUGGACAACCUGGACAGCCUGCUGCAGUGCGGCAUCAUCUACGCGGACAACCUGGUGGUGGUGGACAAGGAGAGCACCAUGAGCGCUGAGGAGGACUACAUGGCGGACGCCAAGACCAUCGUCAACGUGCAGACCAUGUUCCGGCUCUUCCCCAGCCUCAGCAUCACCACGGAGCUCACCCACCCUUCCAACAUGCGGUUCAUGCAGUUCCGCGCCAAGGACAGCUACUCCCUCGCUCUUUCCAAACUGGAGAAGAGGGAGCGGGAGAACGGUUCCAAUCUGGCCUUCAUGUUCCGCCUGCCCUUUGCCGCCGGCCGGGUCUUCAGCAUCAGCAUGUUGGACACGUUGCUGUAUCAGUCCUUCGUGAAGGACUACAUGAUCUCCAUCACCAGGCUGCUGCUGGGUCUGGACACCACCCCCGGCUCCGGCUACCUCUGCGCCAUGAAGAUCGCGGAGGACGAUCUGUGGAUCGGCACCUACGGCCGCCUCUUCCAGAAGCUGUGCUCCUCCAGCUCCGAGAUCCCCAUCGGCAUCUACCGGACCCAGAGCCACGUCUUCACUUCGGAGCCCCAAGACCUCAGAUCCCAGUCCCAGGUUUCGGUGACCAUGGAGGACUGCGAGGACACACGGGAAGUGAAGGGACCCUGGGGCGUGAGGGUGGGGACCGGUGGCGGCAGCACCCACGGCCAGCAUGUGGGCAGCAGCGACCCGGCAGAACACCCGCUGCUGCGGCGCAAGAGCCUGCAGUGGGCCCGGAGGCUGAGCCGCAAGAGCCCCAAACAUGCCGGGAGGGCAGCCGAGCGCACCAGCCAGCAGCAGCUCAGCCUGUGCCGGCGCUCUGAGCGGCAGGAACUGUCCGAGCUGGUCAAGAACCGCAUGAAACACCUGGGGCUGCCCACCACCGGCUACGACGAGAUGAAUGACCACCAGAACACCCUUUCCUACGUCCUCAUCAACCCCCCGCCCGACACGAGGCUGGAGCCCAGCGACAUCGUGUAUCUCAUCCGCUGCGACCCCCUGGCACAUGUGGCCAGCAGCCCCGAGAGCGGCCGCAGGAACAAGCUGGCCUCCUGCAACCCGGAGACGCGCGAGGAGACGCAGCUCUGAGCCAGCCCGAGGGCGCCACGCAUGAGUGCGCAGGGACCUGGCCAACGUUCUGGCUGCCCGACCGCCCGCCGGCCCGCAAGGGAGACCUCAGGAGGGCGAGGGGCAGACUGCAGGCAGGAGGACUUUUUUAACCUGCUGACGAAUCUGCAAUGCCUGUCCACACAG